AUGCCCAGUCCCAUUCCGCCUCCUCACAGGUCUCUGCUGGGGUCUAUGCCCAGUCCCAUUCUGCCUCCUCACAGGUCUCUGCCGGGAUCUAGGCCCAGUCCCAUUCUGCCUCCUCACAGGUCUCUGCCGGGGUCUAAGCCAGUCCAAGUCUGCCUCUUCACAGCUCCUAAAUGGGCUGGAGGCGGACGUGGUCUCCAUGUGGGAGGAGGCGGAGGCUGCAGAGCGGGGGUAAUUGGAGCAGUGGAGGCGAACGGUCCCCGCGGAGGCAUUCAGGGCACGUCCGGCCGGGACAGGCCCGCGGGGCUGAGCACAGAGCACAGAUUAUGCGCCUCAGACGGCAGCAGCACAGGGAGCAGGAUCAGGGAGAAGACAGGGACCGCACGGGAGGCCGCACUCCCCCUGCCCUCCCCCAACACUCCCCCCACACUCCCCCUGCCCUCCCCCCACACUCCCCCCACAGGAAGUGCAGCUCCUCCAGUGGCUCUCCUGUGA